AUGUCUUCGGAGCUGGAGAGCUUGCUCGUUGCCCAAACCCACUCAAUUGACCAGCUCACAAGGGCGCUGGUCAACUUCAAGAAGCUUCCUAAAGCGCAGAUCACGCUUCCCAAAACGAAGGGGAGGCUGACGAACUUGGAGGCUCUGUGGGAGAAGAUUCAAGCCUUCCACAUCCAGCUGCUGCAGACGGCUACAGCGGAGGACAAGAAGACGACCCCCUACUUCAAACAAGAGGGAUUUCUUGCCGCUGAGGAAGCCUACUUCGACGCAGCGGACCAUCUCCACGAGACCAUCGGUAAACUGAGUAGCGACGCCCCGAGCGCGCCGUAUCGAGGUAACGAGUCAUCAUAUCGCGACGCGCACGCUGGUUUCUCACUGCAUCUGCCUCGUAUUUCGCUUCCGGAUUUCUCUGGUGAUUUCACGCAAUGGGAAAACUUUCGUGGCAUUUUUGUGUCCCUCGUCGACAAACACGAAUCAUUAACGAAAACGCAGAAAUUACAUUACCUGAAAGCGAGCCUCUCCGGCGAGGCUGCGAAAUUAAUCAGUAACAUACAAAUUUCUGACGCUAACUACGAGGCAGCGUGGCAGCUUCUACUUGACGAAUACGAUAACCGUAACGCGAUUAUUCACGCGCAUAUCCAUUCGUUCGCCGACUUACCGAAAAUGAAAAACGAGAACGUUCCGGAAUUGAAAAAACUUCGCGAUAAUGUAUCCGCUUCUCUUGCCGCGUUAGCGAAUCUCGAGCGUCCCGUCGAGCAGUGGGACGAUCUACUCGUCUAUAUUAUCUCGCAAAAGUUUAGUCCGCGAACGCGUAACGAAUGGAACUUGAAACGAGGCGAUACGGAUGCGUAUCCUACGUACAAAGAGAUUCAUGACUUCAUGACUCUUCGCAUUCGCGGUCUCACGGAUUACCCUUCGCAAUCCGACUCUGCGUCGAAUAAUGCGCGGAAACAAAGCUCCGAGAAUACGGAGGGUGGUACCAAACGCGAGCCUUCCGCGAUUGACGCGACGCUCUCCUCGCAAGCUACCGCGUCGGUCGCCGCUGCCUCUGCGCCGCCGGCCUCGCUCUCCGCGUCCGUUCAGACAGUGCAUUCUGAGCCAAGCGUUGUUACGUCGCCGCCUCACGUACUUCUCGCCACCGCGUAUGUAAGGCUAAGUACGAUCGAGGGCCGCACGUUUAAAGUACGUGCACUGUUAGAUCAAGGCUCGACUUAUAGUUUCAUUUCUGAAUCUCUUUGCCAGACUAUGCGAACCAGGCGUCAUCGCGCCGCGUUAAAUAUACAUUGCUUUGGAGAGAAAUUUAGCGGAGUCGCUCGGUCUCGAGUGAAUCUCACGCUCGCGCCCUGCGACAAGCAGGGACCGAUAUUCCCUUUUUCCGGAUUCGUGUAUCAGCGAAUCACAGCUUAUACAGCUACUCAGACAAAGCCGGCCGCAAUGUGGCCGCAUUUACACGACUUGCCGUUAGCAGAUCCCGAUCCCUCUAGUCAUCACCCGAUUCACGUAUUAAUCGGCGCGGAUUUAUACGGAUCUCUGCUACUCGACGGUCUUCGUAAAGGCCCGGUCGGCACGCCGACGGGUCAACGUACGGUUUUAGGAUGGAUCAUCUCCGGUCCUGUCGGCUCCGCGCGCCCAGCCGGAGAAUCCGCAUCCGUUCUGAAUUGCGUAUCCUGCGAGGAUACGAAUUCCUUGUUGCAACGUUUUUGGGAGGAUGAAAGCAUCCCCUCUCUAACCUCUUUCACGGAGGAGGACGAACGUUGCGAAAAGCAUUUUGUUGCUACGCAUUCUCGCGACUUGCAAGGACGCUACAUUGUGCGUUUGCCGUUUAAAAACGGUCCCCCUCAGAUAGGCGACACCUUUCGUAAGGCUUCAAUUUUUUAUUCUAAAAUGGAACGCCGACUCUCGCAAAAGCCCGAGAUCGCGUCUCAGUAUCACGGUUUUCUCCACGAAUACUUGUCUAUGGGGCACAUGGAGGAGGUGCGCGCUGAGGAGCGCUCUCCAUACCCCCCGGUAUACAUCCCGCAUCAUUUCGUCUUGCGCGAAUCAAGUACCACUACAAAAUUACGCGUCGUGUUUAACGCGUCCAGCAAAUCAGACGAUAACACCGCGCUUAACGAUUAUUUGAUGGCAGGACCGAAACUGCAACUCGACAUUGCUGCGAUAAUUUUACGCUGGCGUCUGUUCCUUUACGUGUGCAUGGCAGACAUCGCGAAAAUGUUCCGGCAAAUACUCGUGCAUCCAGACGACCGCUCCCUUCUGCAAUUAGCUCGCGACGAAGGGAAAGAUUUUCCCGAAGCGGUUUCGAUAAUCGAAGAAUCGACUUAUGUCGAUGAUGUUAUUUUUGGAGCAGACGACCUUCCGUCUCUGCUCGAAAAACGCAAGCAACUCGUCGGUUUAAUGAAUCGCGGAUGUUUUCCUCUCCGAAAAUGGGCCGCGAAUUCAGCCGAACUUUUGAUGGAUAUCCCGGAGGAUCAACGUGAAUCCUCGGAUUAUCCCAUCAAUCACGAUGACACGCUCAAAGUCCUCGGACUUUCUUGGUCUCCGCGUGAUGACUCGUUUCGUUUUGUGAUUUCGCCGUACGCCGUGAUCGCUCAUACCAAGCGUUCCGUUCUAUCAUUUAUCGCGAAGCUGUAUGACCCUCUCGGCUGGGCGUCCCCGAUCGUCAUCACGGCCAAGAUGUUAAUGCAAGAGCUCUGGCUCCGUAAAAUUGAUUGGGACUCGCCAGUCCCCGACGAUCUUCUGCCGCAGUGGAUCAACUAUUUUUCAGAUUUGCCUAACAUUAGUGCAAUCUGCAUUCCCCGAUGGACAGGGAUGCGUCAAGAGAAACUCGAAGUCGAAUUACACGGAUUCGCGGACGCGUCCACUCGAGCCUACGCCGCCGUAGUUUAUCUCCGAAUCGUGCACUCUCAGACGAACGUUCAGGUGAACCUCCUCGCGGCCAAAACGAAGGUCGCGCCAUUAAAAACCGUCAGCGUUCCACGCCUUGAACUUAACGCCGUCGUUCUACUGACUCGUCUGCUCGAGUGGGUACGAGAUUCUACGCGCUUAAAUCGAGCUCCCUUAUUUGGAUGGACCGAUUCUCAAAUCGCGUUGGCAUGGAUUCAGCAGCAUCCAUCCAAAUGGAAUGCUUACGUCGCGAAUCGCGUUUCUGAGGUGCAGACGCGCCUUCCCUCAGUCCGUUGGCAGCACGUUCGUUCUCACGACAAUCCUGCCGACUGCGCUUCUCGCGGUUCUACCGCCUCCGAUCUCGUUCACCACCAAUUAUGGUGGUCCGGCCCACCGUGGCUCAAAAUUUCGCCGGCCUCAUGGCCGAUUCUCCCGAUGCCUGAUGCUGUUGACAUUCUGCAAACGGUAUCGUCAGAAGCUCGUCAAGCUACCGUGCAUCUCGUCGAUCCAACUCCGGAGUGGGAUCUGUUCACCUCCUACUCGAGCUGGAUCCGACUUCUUCGUGUUACGGCAUGCGUUCGUCGAUACGUUCAAAACUUAAAAAAUAAAGCCGCCUCGUUAGCAAUCGUUACGACGCCCUUGACCGCGUCUGAAAUUCACGACGCUGCAGUCUUUUGUCUUCGAUCGGUUCAAGCUACUUGUUUCCCUAACGAAUGGACGGCUCUGAAUGCUCAUAAAGCCGUAUCACGUACGAGCUCCUUACGCUCUCUUAAUCCCUUUAUCGGGAAAGAUCAAUUAAUUCGGCUGGGCGGGCGGCUCGCCAACUCUGCUUUGCGCUACAAUGAGCGACACCCAGUCAUUCUUCCCAGACAUUAUAUUUCUGAGCUUCUGAUCGAUCAAGCCCACCUCCGUUCCCUGCACGGCGGAACUCAGCUCACGCUCAGAUGGCUUCGUCAAAAUUACUGGAUCAUUUCUGCGCGAAGCUUGAUCAAAUCUCACAUCCGGAGAUGUGUUAAAUGCAGCAAGCAUUCCGCAAAAAACCCGACGCAAUUAAUGGGCGAUCUCCCGAAUCCGCGAGUCAACCCCUCUCCUCCUUUUUCUCAUACGGGCAUCGAUUAUGCCGGGCCAAUGCUUAUUACGCCUUUCGUCGGCCGCGGUCAAGGGGGGAGUAAACACUACGUCGCGGUGUUUGUUUGCCUCGCCACGAAGGCGAUCCAUCUCGAGUGCGUGGAAGAUUACUCCACCGAGGGAUUCCUCGCGGCUUUUCACCGUUUCGUCAGCCGACGCGGAUUGCCCUCAGAUAUGUAUAGUGAUAACGGCACGAAUUUUCAGGGCGCUGAUCGCGAGCUCCAACGCAGCUUUCGCGCUCUUAAGCGUGACCCCUUCCUAAAAGGCGUCCUCGCGAAUGACGGUGUCACGUGGCACUUCGUCCCUCCGGCGGCACCACAUUUCGGCGGGCUUUGGGAAGCAGGCGUAAAAAGCCUGAAGCACCAUCUCAAGCGGGUGGUCGGUGCUCGUACGUUAUCGCGCUCGGAAUUUGCGACCCUAUUAUGUAAGAUAGAAGCGUGCCUUAACUCGCGACCGAUCUCUCCGCUCAACGACGAUCCUUCCGACUUUACCGCCUUGACGCCUGGUCAUUUCCUGAUCGGCAGACCGCUCACGAGCGUACCGGAAGAAUCGUUACUCGAAAUCAAUGCGAAUCGUUUGUCGCGAUGGCAACACGUGCAACGUAUGGUCGAGCAGAUCUGGCGCUCUUGGUCAUCGGACUAUUUACAUUCAUUGCAACAGCGAGUCAAAUGGACCGAAUCUCACGACAAUGUUAAAGUCAACGAGUUAGUUUUUCUCAAAAAUAACUUGCUUCCUCCCUCAAAGUGGGAACUCGCAAGGAUUCUGAAAGUCCAUCCCGGACUUGACGGUCGCGUCCGCGUCGUCACAGUGCGCACCGCCAAUUCCGAGCUUAAACGACCAAUAACCAAGAUCUGCCCGUUGCCCGCGUCUAUCAACUCUCCGGGACCUGCAGAAUCCC